AUGUCUGACUACGGCGGAGACGACGACCGCGAGCCUCUCAACGACGAACCCGCCUUCGACGAGGACCCCGACGAGUACUACGAGCCGGAACCAGAGCCGGCCGACGACGAGGACGAGGCCGCCCGAGCACCCGAGCAAGAGGGCGAGAACCAGCAUGACCACGUGGUCGCGUCGGGCGACCCCAACGCGGCGGCUAACCACGGCAAGGGCAACGACAAGUCGCACAAGGACAAGAAGAUACCCAACGACCAGCGCACUACGACGCCCUUCAUGACAAAGUACGAGAAGGCACGCAUCCUGGGCACGCGCGCGCUGCAGAUCAGCAUGAACGCGCCCGUGCUCGUCGACCUCGAGGGCGAGACGGACCCGCUACAGAUUGCCAUCAAGGAGCUGAGGGAGAAGAAGAUCCCGCUUAUUGUGCGCCGGUAUCUGCCGGAUGGAUACUAUGAGGAUUGGACCUGCGAGGAGCUUCUUCAAUGA